AGGAAGCGCCGUCCAAAUACUUUAUUGAAGUUUUCUCACAAAUGGAGUCGGUAGUUAGAAACCAGCCCAAGUGCCUCCGAUAGCCAUAUCUUUUUAUGUUUCGAUAAAUACAACAAGCCAUUGGGGAUGGAAGACAUCAACCUUCACUACAGGUUCCUCAACUGGAGGCGCCGGAUCCGAGAGAUCCGUGAGGCCCGAGCCGUACGCUUCCAGGAGAGAUACAAGCGCAUGCUGAAGGAUGGAGACACCAUCAGUUAUCAUGGGAACUCUGAUGAAGUUGGUUGCUAUGUGGGUCCUAGGCCGUUAUCAAAAGGAAACUCUUACUUUGAGGUGACAAUAGUGGACACUGGGGUGCGAGGUACGAUUGCAGUGGGCCUGGUUCCUCAGUUCUACAAGCUCGACCACCAGCCUGGCUGGCUCCCAUGCUCUGUGGCAUACCAUGCAGAUGACGGCAAGCUCUACAAUGGAAACCCUGUGGGACAGCAGUUUGGUCCAAAGUGCAAUCGCGGCGAUCGCAUCGGCUGUGGAAUCUACACUGGCACCUUUGAGUCGGGCCUCACCACGGUUUUCUUCACCAAGAACGGCAAAGAAGUGGGUUCGGUGGUGGUGCCGCUGGCUGCGGACGGCAUGUUCCCGGCGGUGGGCAUGCACUCGCUGGGGGAGGAGGUGAAGCUGGACCUGCAGGCCGAGUGGGCCCAGGAGGAGGACGACUCCAUCAUGAUGGUGGACAGCCACGAGGACGACUGGGGACGCCUGUACGACGUGCGCGCCAGUGGGACGCUGCUGGAGUAUGUGGGGAAAGGCAAGAGCAUCAUGGAUGUGGGCUUGGCUCAGGCCCGCCAGCCUCUCACCACACGGAGCCACUACUUUGAGGUGGAGAUCGUGGACGCUGGAGAGAAAUGCUACAUCGCCCUCGGACUGGCUCGAAGGGACUACCCGAAGAACCGGCACCCUGGCUGGAGUCGAGGCUCUGUGGCGUACCAUGCAGAUGAUGGCAAGAUAUUCCAUGGCAGUGGGGUAGGGGACCCCUUCGGCCCGCGCUGCUUCGAGGGGGACCUCAUGGGCUGUGGAAUCAUGUUUCCGCGGGACUACCAUUCAGACUCGGAGGAGGAGCAGGAUGACUGGGAGCCGAUGGCAGUGAGGCCUAAGCAGGGUCGUGUGCAAAACCUGGUGUACCUGAACGACAUUGAUGACGAGGAGGAGGGAGAUGAUCCUGAACAGGACCAGGAUGGAUGCAAAGUUGCAGUGUUCUUCACGCGUAACGGCAAGAUCAUCGGGCGGCGAGAGGUGGUGGUGCCCACGGGGGGUUUCUACCCCACCAUUGGCAUGCUCAGUAGCGGAGAGAAGGUCAAGGUGGACCUGCACCCCCUCAGCGGCUGACACACCUGGGCAGUGGACAAGACUGAGGACAACAAAAACAGAAAAGUGAAGUGAAGUGAAGAGAAGAGUGUACACAGCUGGAGAAGUGGGCACAGUGGACUUUGCAUUGCAAAAAAAAAAACAGUGGGGACCUUACAAGACUGAGAUGGAGGAGGCAGAAGGGGCAACAGACUUUGGAUUGCAAGACAGAGAGUGUGGAGAUGAAGAGAGGAGUGCUCCCAAAUCAAGCUAUAUAUGCGUUGACAUGUACUGCUUUGACCAGCUAGCUCAGCUCACCGUCAUAGCCAUUAUGAUCAUUGUAAACUCUAGCAGUUAACAGGGCUGGACAUAAUAAGCUUUCUUGUCUCGGUUUGGCGAGCCAAGAAGAAAUGUCCUGGUUGGUACUAGUCACACACUUUUUAAUUUUCCUCACAAUUUAAAUAUAUAUAUAUUGUCUCUUUUCUGUUUGUUUAAAUGGACCUUCAGUCCAGUGUGAUGGUGAAUCCAAAUGGUUCACAUGGUCACUUCAUAGCAUACUACGUAGGGAAAAAAAUAAUGUUAUGCACAUCUAUGUAGUGGACUAUGCAGGGAAUCGUAGAACAUUUUGGACACAGCCUUUUCAGAGUCUUAUCCAGGAGGGUGGAGAUUGUGGCGAGCCUGUCAGGCCUCUCAUGCCCAGCACAGGGCCUCUGCGCCUGGGUGUGCUCCUACUUGAGUCCCCCCCCCCUCCCCCCUCCAUCACGACCAUACCUGCCUUUCCUCAGCUUGAGGCUUGUCGAAUACUGCUUACCAAUCAGGUGACCUUGAUAAAGACCUUGAUAUAUUUUGGUUUGAUUUUAUUUCAUUUUAGUAAUUGGGUGACAAGAUUCAGAUCCAGGUUCAUGUCAGAUAACUUUAACUGUAAAAAGUCACCUCUGGCCUGGCAACUGUAUAUCUUAGACUUAAAAAAAGAUUUUGAUAGAGGACUGAAAUCAAACAAACAAAUAAAUAAAAAAAUAAAUACAUACAAAAUAAAUAAUGAACAAAAUAAUGGAAAUAAUUAAGCUAAUGUAAGGAAUCUGGUAUUUUUUACUAGCAUAUGUAGUUUACAUACUGUGUAUGCAUCAGGGUCAACGCCAAAAUCUGUAUAGACAACACAACGCGGCUUAAGUCUGGUACUAGUGUGUUAGCAGCGUUGAUGGCAGCAAGGGGCCAUGCGCUGACCCGGGGUGUGUUUCUUGACUGCUUCAUUGCAACUCACUUGGUUGCAAUGAUGCUGUCAAGAAAUGAGUUCUGGGGUGCAUUUCUCGAAAGUGUAGUUGUUCGCCAGUUAGCAACUUGGGUAAUUGCCAUUGGGAAAUUGCAUUGCAACCAACAGAGUAACUAACGUAGUUAGCAACUAUGGUUUCGAGAAAUGCACCCCUGAUCGGCAGCAUCAAGCACUUUCUCUUCAGCACUCCCGUUUCACAUUCAGCAAAAUUACUUCUUCUUUUGUGCGUUUGUUUGGUUUUUUUUUCUCUUCUUUUUAUUCACGUCAUUCUUUCCAUGUCUUCUUUUCUUGUUGAAUGGUCUUCUGGAGAGUUCAGGCUUCUGAACCUGAGGCUGCAUUUAAAGCUCAGUUGUGAUUUUGAUUGUGAUGAAGAAAGGCAUGAAGGGCAAUGAAGCUCAACUUGGCCAUGUCUGAUAACGGCUGUUCUUCUGUCUGCUGUUUGUUCUGUGCUCACCUGAUCACCUGUAUCCACAAAAUGGCUGCCCAGAUACUCUCAAUCAGGACUAAUGAUUGGAAAUGCUACAUAUUUUGUUAUUAUUUGCAAAGCAGUUUGGUCACAGCUCAUUAUUUUUUAAGUUGACAAAAUUUUGCGAACACGUCAGCCUGGCUGGUGCAUUAGAAAUGACAAUUCGUUUGUGGAUCAGGAAACUGCAAAAAAAAAAAAAAAAAAUCACACAGACUGGCUCUUCCCCAGUAACUUCUUUUUUGGGUAACUACAGUCAGUCUCAUGGUGUAGGUCUCAGACUGAAAAGCUGUUUUGUUUUUACCUAAUAUAAAAUGAGUUGUUUGUUUUUUGCUUCUUUUUUUUACACAGCAGGUGUAAAACAAAAGCUUUACAUGACAAAACCUUAAAGGGCAAUCUUGCAAUGUUGGCAAGCAAAAUAUUAAUUCAGCCAUUUUGAAAUUUAUAUUAGUGGUACUUUUAUCCAUCAAUCACCAGCCAUGUUUCUGAAGAUGCUUUUAACACAGCAGAAGAUAAUGUUGUUAGGACGGUGCACACAGACAAAUAGACAAGACGCAGGGGUUUCAAUCUCACUACUACAAUACUGUGUAUCGAGACAAUGACAUUGUGCUUUUAUUUUUCAAAGAAAUGCUAUCCACCACUAACACACAUACUCACUUAAUGCACACACAUGCAUGCAUGCACACGCACGCAGAUGCAAACACAGACACACUCUCACUCACACACACCACGCUGGCCUGAGCACUUUAACCCAGUCUGAUGACUGGACUAACCCACCAGAAGCCAUUUUGCACACACACACACACACACACACACACACACACACACACACACACACACACACACACACACACACACACACACACACACACACACACACACACACACUGAGAUCAGACUGUAGACUUUGUCAGUCACUAUGUCUUCUUCUGUUUGCUUUUUUAUGUUUCACAUACUAUAUAGAUAUAUGAAUAAUGAAAAUGAAGAAAAUGUAUUUUAUUACCUGCUAAAAAGAAAAACCUAAGAACAAUGCCAAAUUUAUUCUCGUAUUCCCUUUCCCCAUGACAUAGCAUACAUCAGAAAGGGAAAACCAUGAAUGGUGGGAUGGAUGGAUUUAUUUUGUUAUGAUUGUUAAAUUGCAUAAGAUACUGUGUGCCUGAAUUCACCUGAAACACCAUGACUAAUGUAAUUUUGAGAAAAUGUCUUAUAACUUCAUAUCAUGAAGUAAGCAAUACACAAAUGCUCUUGAUAUGUUAGAUUAGGGGGAUGGGGGUUGAUUUUCUUAGUGUUUUCAUUCUCUUUGUGUCUUUUAUACAUUUAUUUCCAGAUUUAAAAAUCAUACCUCACCUCAAAAUGUAUCGUUUUCCAAGAAAGUCUUAAAUUGUUCAAGAAUGAUCAACUUUAAACUCAGUUGUGUUUGACAAUCUGUAUGUUGCAUCUUUUUUUUACUAUGUAUUUGGGUCAUGUUCAUAGCAUGGCUACUUUCUCUUCUAUUUAGAAUCAGCUCCAUCAGGUAUCACCUCACAUUGUCUGUCCGGAGUCUGGACAGUGGGCUGCCACUAGGUGGCACUGUGUCUGUGUGAAAUACUGAAUUGUGAAUGAGGAUUUGAGUGAAUGUCGGCCACAAAUACUGUACAUGUUAGCAUCCUUUAACUGUAGCACGCAUGAUUUUGCUAACUAUAUGCCAUUAAUAAAGAUGGUUAUUUCCAUAAA